UACAUAAAUUAUCCGCCUCUAAUAAGUUUCACUCCACCGGACAGGUGCUUCAGUUCACGCCACCACCGCUACGAUUUUCUGCCGCACGGUGGCGCAUGGCGUCUAAUCGUCUCUUACAGCACAGCGUAGCCUUCCUCCACAACCACGAAAUCAAUCUCUUUCUUCAAAUCCGCCGUCUCUACACUCGCAGAGGUUCUAAACUCCGGCGAUCUCUCUCCACCUCUCCCGGCGCUAGACGACGCAGCGUAAACCUCAAGGCAACCUCCAAGAAAGUUGCAUCCUCGACGAAUCGCCCUUCUUCGCAUGAACUUCUCAAGCGGCGAACACGCUCUGGCGUGGAAUUCGACCGCGAUUUAUACCUAAAAUACGCCUCGGCCAGCCACGUUCCCGUGAUGUUCUGCGAGGUCCUCGAAACCUUCCGUCCCCCUCGGCUGCGCUCCUUCGUCGAUUGCACUCUCGGUGCCGCCGGUCACUCUUCCGCAAUUAUUGAAGCCCAUAGGGAGCUGGAGCUUUUUGUGGGCAUGGAUUUGGAUACGCUCGCCGUUGAUAAAGCUCGAGCUAGGAUCGAAGCAGUCAUCAAAGAUGGCUUCCGGGAAAAAUUGAAAGCUUACACUCAUGUAAGGAAUUUUAAGUACAUAAAGACCGUGCUUGGUGGUGUUGAUGACAAGCUACUUAGUGAAGGAGUGGAUGGUAUCUUCAUGGACUUGGGAAUUUCAUCCAUGCAGGUUGACUAUCCGGAAAGAGGAUUUAGUGUUCUUGGUGAUGGGCCUCUAGAUAUGAGGAUGGAUCCACAGGCAACUUUAAAAGCAGAAGACAUUCUGAAUUCUUGGCCAGAGGCCGAAGUGGGAAGGAUUUUACGUGAUUAUGGAGAGGAAAGCAAUUGGCGGUUCCUUCAGAAAAAGAUUAUGAAUGCUCGAGAGGAAGGAGGCUUGCAUUCCACAAGAGAACUCGUAGAUCUUGUUCGUAAAGCCUCCGGAAAGUCAGGAGGAAGACAAGGCUGGAUUAAGACAGCUACAAGGGUGUUCCAAGCACUAAGGAUUGUAGUUAAUGAUGAACUUCAAACACUUGAAAACGCAAUCUAUGCUUGUUUUGACUGCCUCUCCUCUGGAGGCCGGCUUGCUGUAAUCUCAUUCCACAGUUUAGAGGACAGAAUAGUGAAAAAAGCUUUUCUUGACAUAACUGAAAAUGAAGGAGAGGAUGAUGAAGAAGAUUAUGAGGGCAAAACUAAUGAUGAAAUUAGCACUGAAACGCAAAUUUGGACCAAGCAAAAGGUAGUAGGGAGGAAUGGGACCAUCCUAACUAAGAGGCCAAUAACACCAUCUGAAGAAGAGGAGAGAUUAAAUCGCAGGUGUAGGAGUGCUAAACUUCGGGUUUUUCAAAAGCAUUAAUGAUCAACGUGGGCUUUGUUUAGAGAACAGCACUUGGCAACUUGACGUGAAGGUAAGUAAUGUUAUUAAUGAGUUUUCUCUAUUCAUAAAUAGCUGUGGACGAACACAUGUUUAACGGUAAGAAAUGGGGGAGCUACCAAAAUUUUGAAUUUACUACAUGUGAAUUCUUUUGCUAUCUGCAAUGGUUUAGUUGUGUAUGCCUUGAAUUUUUUGACCAAUUUUGGUUGUUUUCAAAAUGAAGAAUCAAU